UUAUCACAACAAAGUUUGAAAGCCUGUAAAUGGUUACUAGAGAUAGAAUUGCAGCCAUGAAGAUAAAUUUUCUCCUUAUAUUAGUGGUUGUUCUACUAGGGUUUUCUCAUAUGAACUCAUUGAAUGCCAUUCCACUUACAAGAACAAUAGCCAUAAUGCAUGAAGUUCAAGGUUUUAAAGAUUCGAAGAACACCCUUAUCAAUUUGGAACCCGAGAAGAAAAUGAUUGAUGUGGAAGAGACGAGUAUGAUAAGAAGAAUGGAUGUUGAGCUCCAUGAUUACCCGGGAUCAGGAGCUAAUAAUCGCCACAAUCCAAAGCCACAACUAGGUCGAGGCUGUUUUGAUUGUUGAUUCGUUCAUGGACAUGAUUUGCUCCAAAAUUCUCAUGAAACAUGUUAGAAUUACUCAUUAUUUGUGGGUAAUCUAUAGCCAUUUUAGUUCAAUUUAGUUUUGAGAACAAUAUUUCUCAUGGUUAUAAUAUAUGUAUCACCAUUUAGUGUUAGGGGUACAUUAAUGUUGUUAAAUUAUUAUUUAAUGUUUUUUAUUGUUAUAAAUAAUAAGACAAGGCCAUGUACCUCUCUUUUAUAUUAUGGGAGGAUAUGUUGUUUUCUACCAUGUGCCCCCAAAGUGUCCACUUCUUCAAAUUGUAUUUAUUUUACA